AUGGAAUUUCUUAUACGAAAAUUGCAAUAUUGGAAAAGCUAUUCCUAUUCGGAUUCUCGCCCCAAAUCAGUUGAUUGUCAACAAACAACAAACUGUCAAAUUGUGGCGGCAUUUCUAUCUGCUUCGCCGCGAUGGGCAGUUGCGUUGGAUAAGUUGCAAAAAACAUCUGCAUUUUGUUAUAGAAAUAGACAUAUUCGUGCGUUAUUUACAUCGCUCAUUAUGCGACGAAGUAGUGCUCCGUCGAUGAAACGUCCCGGCGAACCGGUACAAAGGUUACAGCCGGCAAAGAAAAAUGCUAAUGUAGUGAGCAAUACCAACAGUGCGCACGAUUCGCAACUCCCAGCUGCAGCCGUCCCAGUAAGCCAUGACGAUAGGCUCUCGGGUGGAAGCUGUUCCAAAACCAUCUUUAAGGUAGUGUGGGGGAAAAUUAGCACAAGGAAGCACAAGACCUGGGAAGGCGACGGUACGCUCGAAGUGUCCGGCAGAAGUGCGGUGUUGAAGGAUGAAGCGGGGAAAGUAAUCACCACGGCCAGCGGAUUAAAGAUCGACGAAGUGACGGAAGGUAUCCAGCUGGUGGUGGGUUCUAAGGAGGUGGAAGUUUUGGAGAAAUGCAAUGAAAAUCAACAACCAAGGUUGGAAAAAUCGUCAACCGUAGUGAGCAGUACUGGUGGUUCGACGAUUUGUUUGCCAGUGCCCUCGAUUGGUGGUUUUAAACCGCCAGUGCAAGUGGUGCGGGAUGAUGUUGAAGCGGAAGCACGAUCAGAAGCACCUCCCAGGAUUGAUGCUGUGCCGCUGGUUGAUACGACCAACUUUUCCCGCGAUAGUUCCUGUAGUGUGCAGAGCAAUUUUAAAUCGGUCUUUACAACCCGAGAAGACGAACAAGAGGCAGUGCAACCACUGAUUAUGAAGAAACCAUCGUUCGAACACCAAUUUCAACACAAUGCUCAAAAUGAAACGGUGGUGGAGGUGCAGGUCCCCCUCUGUGUUACACGCCACCUGCGACCGCACCAGCGCGAAGGUGUUGCCUUCCUGUACGAAUGUGUGACCGGGCUGAGAAUGCUGGAACCGGCCGGGUGCGGUGCAAUUUUGGCCGACGAAAUGGGGCUCGGUAAGACGCUGCAGUGCAUUGCGCUCAUGUAUACGCUGCUAAAGACCGGUCCGUACGGAAAACCGCUCGCCAAGCGUGUUCUGAUUGUCACCCCCAGCAGUUUGGUGGAUAACUGGGACCGAGAAAUUACCAAGUGGCUGCGAAGCGAGCGCAUUUUUACGUUCAUCGUUGGGCCAAACAAUAAGCUCAAACGGUACGCCCAGUCGCCGCACAUUCCCAUACUGAUCAUAUCGUACGAGAUGCUGGCAAAGCAGAUCGGUGAACUGGAGACGGUCAAGUUCGAUCUGAUGUUUUGCGACGAAGGGCACCGGUUAAAGAACAGCAACGUGAAGGCGUUCGGCGUGCUGAAUCGGUUGGAGUGCCGGCGCCGGGUGCUGCUAACCGGUACACCCAUACAGAACGAUCUGCAGGAAUUUUUCUCCCUAAUUAACUUUGUCAAUCCGGGAGCGAUCGGUACGUACCAGGAUUUCAAGGCACGUUACGAAACGCCCAUCGUUGUAUCGCAACGACCCGGCGUGUUGCCACAAUCGAUCGAGCUCGGGAUCGAGCGGCUAAACGAGCUGAACGCGAUAACGGGCCGCUUUGUGCUGAGGCGCACGCAGGAAGUGGUCAACCGAUAUCUGCCCGACAAGCACGAGGUGGUCGUGUUUUGCCAUCCGUCCGCGCUGCAGACGCAACUGACCCGAACGGCACUGUCGUUUUACGAGAGUGAAAAAGGUGCGGACAAUGCGGUCUCUCCGCUACAGUUAAUAACGAUUCUGAAAAAGAUCUGUAAUCACCCGUCGCUCGUGUCGGUACAGGGGAAGGGGGAUCCGGAAUCGUUGGUGCAUCUGCUGGCGGAACAGUUGCCACCCUGGCAGCGGAUGGGACCGACCGAUUCGGCCAAGCUGGGCAUUGUGGAGGCACUGCUGGAAGCAAUGCUGGCAAUGCAGGAAAAGAUCGUGAUCGUGUCGUACUAUAGCAAAACGCUCGAUAUGAUCGGUGGGUUGUGUGACCAUUACAACUACAAGUACUGUCGGUUGGACGGAUCGACGGCGGGUCCCGAUCGGUCCCGGAUCGUGGCCGCAUUCAACAACCCUGCCAACGAUAGUUUCAUACUGCUGCUUAGCGCCAAAGCAGGCGGUGCAGGGCUGAAUCUGAUCGGUGCUUCUCGGCUGGUGCUGUACGAUAAUGACUGGAACCCGGCCAACGACCUGCAAGCCAUGUCACGCGUGUGGCGUGAUGGCCAACGGAAGCCGGUGUUCAUUUACCGACUCCUGACCGCUUACUCCAUCGAGGAGCGGAUAUUUCAGCGACAAAUUUCGAAAACCUCCCUCAGCGGUACGGUGGUAGACCAGCGGCAAAACUUGAGCAAUCUCAAACUAUCCGAAGAAGAGCUGAAGGAUCUGUUCUCCAUCAUCGAUCCCAAUGCUGAGUCCGACUGUUUGACGCACAGUUUGCUCGAGUGUCCGUGUGCGGGUAUCGGUAACGCACCGGAUAGGGUGGCAGAACUGCCGGAAUUGUGCGACCCGCUGGAUGAUCUUACCAACGAAACAAACGAACCGAUAAGUCGCUUCCAGCUACGACCCACUGUUGGUGGUGGAGGCAAGCAUGGCAAGCUAGGUACGAAAAAGCACGCCCUCAAGAUGCAGGAACUAAUGCGCUGGGAACAUCACCGAUCGCCUGUGUCCGAACGGGUCCUGGAACAGCUCGGACUGGCUCGGAGUGCCGACGAGAUAGUGUUUUUGUUUCGAAACAUUGUAUCAGCACCGAAAUAAACGCACAAUGCACAAGUGGUACAAUUUUACCAUACCGCA